AUGUCCAGGAGGGAGAGCUGCCCCUGCUGUCCAGGAGAGAGCGCUGCCCCUGCUGUCCAGGAGAGAGCGCUGCCCCUGCUGUCCAGGAGAGAGCGCUGCCCCUGCUGUCCAGGAGAGAGCGCUGCCCCUGCUGUCCAGGAGAGAGCGCUGCCCCUGCUGUCCAGGAGAGAGAGCUGCCCCUGCUGUCCAGGAGAGAGAGCUGCCCCUGAUGUCCAGGAGGGAGAGCUGCCCCUGCUGUCCAGGAGAGAGAGCUGCCCCUGA